GAAAGAUUUAAGCUGGAAGAAUUAAUGCCAGAUAUGUUCAAGUGCCUAAUAUUCAUUAAAGGGCUGGUGGCAAUGGAAGAUGUGGAAAUUAGAAAAAAAAUAUUAACCUUGCAGAAAGUGGCUGAGGAAUGCUGACAAAUAAUAAACCUUUGAGAUGAUACAAGAAAAAUAGAAGACAAUAAUAAGAAUGUACGAAUGUGUAAAGAAAGUAUAGAUAGAAGAAAACAUAUCAAUUCAAAAUGGUGGUAUGGUUGCGGGGACCGACAUUUGAGGAAAGAUUGCCCCUUUAAAGAUAAAACCUGUUUUAAGUGUGGUAAAAUUGGGCAUAUACAGAUGAAAUGCCGGUCGAAGAAAGUUGUAAAACCAAAGAAAUUCUGCUCAACAAAAAUAAAUUAUACCAUACAAAAUCGAAAAUUUGUGUUGGUAGAAAUAAAUGAUUUUCAGACCAAAAUGAAAUUAGAUACCGGCUCAGACGUAUCGAUAAUAAAUACAGCAACAUGGAAUAAGAUAGGCAGGCCGGUGUAUAAAAAAACUACUAGGAUAACUCACGGUGUGUCAGGGGAACAGGUUCAAUUCUUGGGCAAAAUUUCACCAGAAAUAAAACUUAAAAACAUGACGCGGAAAAGUAAACUAACGGUAUCUAUGACUACAAUGAAUCUGUUUGGGACAGAUUUGAUGGAAGAAUUCGACCUGUGGGAUUUACCACUGAAUACACUAUGCAAUAAGGUGAAUGUGUCACAGUCUGUGUCAGAGAAAGCAUCGAAAAAAUUGAAAUUAAAAUUGAAAAAGAUGUACCCUAUGUUUUCGAAAGAACUCGGUAUGUGUAAAAAAAUCAAAGUAAAGUUUGAGUUGAAAGAAAAUGCAGUGCCGGUGUUCAAACUGAAAAGGGAUGUACCUUUUGUGGCAUUAAAUCAAGUUGAGAAGGAAUUACAAAGACUGGAAGACAUAGAGGUAAUUGAAAAAGUAGAUUACUUUGAGUGGACGGCUCCUACUGUAAUUAUAAAAAAGAAGAACAACGAAAUAAGAAUAUGUGCGGACUUCUCAACUGGUCUUAAUGAUUGUUUAAAAAAUUACAAUUAUCCGCUUCCAAACCCAGAAGAAAUAUUUGCUAAGUGUAAUGGUGGGAAAAUUUCUUCCAAGCUGGAUUUGUCAGAGGCCCACCUCCAAUUACUGGUAGAUGAAGAAUGUGCUAAAGUAUUAACAAUCAAUACUCAUAAAGGUCUCUACCAUUUCAAAAGACUGCCAUUUGGGGUUAAGGUUGCACUAGCAAUAUUUCAGCAAGUGAUGGAUACAAUGCUAGCAGAUUGUGAGUUUGCGGUCCCAUACUUGGAUGACAUAUUGAUCAAAAGGGAAUCAAGGGAACAAAAUAUUGAACAUAUAGAAGAGGUUUUCAAACAGAUAAACGAUUACGGGUUUAAAGUAAGUGAGGAUAAAUGUGAAUUUUUCUUGACAAAAAUAAAGUACUUAGGACAGUUUAUCGAUGAAAACGGUUGAAAACCGCACCCUUCUAGGGUUCACACGAUAAAAGAAAUGCCUCCUCCCACUAACAAAACAACAUUACAAGCAUUUUUAGGUCUGAUAAAUUAUUACCACUUAUUACCUAAAAUGUAUGAGCUAAGAGCUCCGUUGAACAAGUUGUUAAAGAAGGACUCGAAAUGGGACUGGACAAACGAAUGUCAGAAAGCAUUCGAGGAAUUAAAAAAGCGGUUAACAUCAGUUAUCAUAAACUCAUUU